ACACUGCAUCUCCUUUGCGCGCCUUCGAGAACGAGCUUGGUGUGCAGCCACCUUUCGGCUUUUGGGAUCCCGUUGGAUUCACAGCUGAUGGUGACACUGAGGCAUAUGCCCGCCGUCGUCAGACCGAGAUCAAGCACGGCCGAAUUGCGAUGCUUGCUACCAUGGGCUACAUGACUCCGGAGAUCACUGGAAAAUUCCCUGGUUACCUUUCUCCUUCAUUGGGCUUGAAGUUUGCGGAUGUCCCCAAUGGCUUGGCCGCUAUCUCUAAAGUGCCAGCAGCUGGGUGGGGUCAGAUUUUGGCUUACAUGGCCUUCUGCGAGGUUUCCAAGGACCAGAAACCUGGAAGCCCAGGUGCUGCAGGUGACUUUGGAUGGAAGGUGCUCACUUCCUCAGACCCCACGAUCAAGCAGAACAAGCUUGCCUCCGAGCUUGCCAACGGCCGGUUGGCCAUGGUGGCCAUCAUGGGCAUGCUCUUCCAGGAUGGUGUGACCGGCAGCCCUUGGGGAGACUUUGCCAUCAAGCAGGGAUCUGCUUGGCUUGCCUUUGAGAGUGAGCUUGGUGUGCAAGCACCAGUCGGUUUCUGGGACCCUGUUGGGUUCACUGCUGAUGGCGACGUUGCAGCCUUCAAGCGCCGACGAUCUGUGGAGCUUAAGCACGGCCGAAUCUGCAUGAUGGCAACCAUGGGUUACAUCACCCCUGAGGUCACCGGCAAGCUGCCGGGCUACCUGUCCCAAUCUGCCGGUUUGAAGUUUGCUGACGUCCCCAACGGCUUGGCCGCGGUGGCCAAGGUUCCCGUGGCGGGCUGGGCGCAGAUCGCGGCCUACUUCGGCUUCGUGGAGUUCAGCGGCGGCUUCGAGGACUACAAGACCGGCACACCGGGGGACUAUGGCUUCAAGGUGCUGACGUCCUCUGUGGCGGAGGAGAAGACCCAGAAACUCUCGGCCGAGCUGGCCAAUGGCCGCCUGGCCAUGAUGGCCAUCAUCGGCAUGUUCUUCCAGGAUGGCCUCACCGGCUCUGCCUGGGGAGACUGGGCCAACUACACGGCUUCUCCAUUGCGCUGA